UCGACGCAGCCUUGCCGAGAGGCCAAACAAUGUGCAGCAUGAAGUCGAGCUGGUAGCGUCGCCGCCGUUUCUACCGUAUCUCACUUUUCUGUACAUACAUACACAGAUGUAUAGAUAAACAACACAUUAGAUGCAAAAGUUUAAUAAUACACGGAAAAAAAAACUCGAUUAUUUGAAACUAUUGUUAAUAUUGUUAUCAUUGUAAUCGCAGUGCGAAAAUCGGUUAUUGAUUUCUAUCUUUUUUUUUUUCUUUUUUUUUUUUGAACACUUCCGGUAGAACAACGUUUUACAAAGUGCCGCAGCCUCCGCGUUGUUAUAUUCACUUUAUAUAUCUACCUGGUUCGUGAUUGCCGCGCGCGUUCACGUGUUCCUGCUGCAUUUGUUGUCGUUGUUGUUACUGAAGCGAACCUUUGAUAAAGUUGCGUGUAUUGACUUGCUAGUAAAUCGAUUCGCGUGCCUUAACGUUGCUUUGCGAUAUCGGCAACAAGAACAACAAACAAAACGGACUAUAUUCCUUCCUGAGUGUGACUGCAGUUGUUUUUUUUCGCGUUACCGUUUUGAGUGUAGUAUAGAAUAAUAUUAACUCCCGUAGUAUUGUCGAUAAUUUUUGCACCCUUUUGCUUUCAUUCGACUGUUUUAUUUUUAUUUCAUAUUUUUUUACGUACCGUUUGCCAGUAUAUUUGUUGUUCGGUUGUGGUGUCGGUUGUACUAGAAAAAAUAAGAUAAGAAGGGUCGUGCCUUGGCUAGAUAAAUCGCUGUAGUAGAUAUCUACCGCCAUCCCUUGCACACAUACAGAGACAAGUUUGAAGGUGCCGAGUGAGCGCGUGCCGGUUUCUACGUACAGCGAUAUCAGCCUUGUUAAGGGAAGAUCGACGGUAUUAAGAAUUAGCCAGGCAUCGAUCCUGAGUAGUGACGGCGCGAGGGUUCCGUCGAUUCGAAUUGCAUGGAUUUUGUAUUGUAAUCGCGCCGCGCCGAGACGCCAUGGACGUCCAUGCCGGAGGGUGCAGCAGCUCGUCGACGACCGGCGAAGAGACACUCCGCGGCGUCGCGACGCCUUCCCCGGCACCGGCGUGCACCGCGACGCCGACCCCCGCGUCCGUCGCCGCGACGAGCGCGUCGGUAUCAAUCAACAAUGCGGUGUCCAGCCCGUCGGUGCAAUCCCAGCUGCCACAGUCCAGCACCCACCAGUCAGCAUCGGGGCCGAGGAUACUGAGCAGAAAUGUAAACGGCACUCUCGUGCAGACUUCCGUGCCGCAGAACGAGGCCGAACUUCAGUUGUACCGCGUCAUGCAGCGUGCUUCUCUCCUUGGAUACUACGACACACUGUUAGAGAUGGGAGGUGAUGACGUCCAGCAAUUGUGCGAUGCUGGAGAAGAAGAAUUUCUAGAAAUUAUGGCACUUGUGGGGAUGGCCAGCAAGCCACUUCACGUCAGAAGACUGCAGAAGGCUCUCCAAGAGUGGCUGACCAAUCCCUCAAUGUUUCAAACGCCGGUAAUACCCUCGAAUCCUAACAGCAAAUCUAAUAUACCGAUGACUUUUCCGUGCAUAAGUCCGAGAGCGCAGUUCCCUGCCCAUAGUCAAACGCAAUCCUCGUACAACGGGCCGCUUUUACCACUCACACCUUUGCCGUGUCGAAGCUCCAGUCCGGUUGUUCAACCUCCCAGUGCCAACACGUCGACGGCUUCGACGACCUUUCGACACACACCGAGCCCAAGUGCUUCCGUAUCAUAUCCGAGUGCCCAAAGUCCUGGGGUCUUACAGGUAGGAACUUGCGAGUCCUCUUGUGGAAGCGGCACGACGUCGAGUCCUGGGGGUGCGAGUGGUGCUCCCGGUAGUCCAACUCAGCCCGUUCCCGCGCUUCUCCAAUCCCAGGUUCAACGAUUGUCGGAUGCAGCUGAACGACUGGCAGUUAGUUUGCCACCGCUCGACCCGAAGCCACACAACAUCAAGAAGAAGAUCUGUAAAAACCUCGAGAUGGUAAUGGCGAUGUCGGAAAAUGACCCUCGUCGUAUGGAUGAAAUCCGAAAAUACGCGGCGAUAUACGGAAGGUUCGAUUGCAAGCGUAAACCGGAGAAACCUUUGACGCUACACGAAGUUUCGGUCAACGAGGCAGCAGCCCAGAUCUGCAAAUUUGUACCUGCGCUUCUCACAAGAAGAGACGAACUUUUUCCACUCGCCCGUCAAGUCGUUAGGGAUUCUGGAUACCAUUACUCAAAGAGUCAAUACAUCUCGAUGAUGAGACCGCGAGAGAACGGCGAGGACGCGGGUGACGGUGACAGGGUGAAACGGUAUCGUCUCGAUCUAGAGGGUGAGAGUGAGGAUUCCACGCAGGUUUACACGCUAAGGGUAGAUGGAAAAAAUCGAACCACGUCCUGCAUUUUAACGCCGCCGAAGGCGGAACAUCACCAGGAAAGCAGCUGUAACAAGUACGGAAAUGGGAUUUUCGGAUUCCGUGAUAAUUUACGUCAUUCUUGGCUCGUUGACGAGUGAAAAACCUGGAAUAGCAAGACACGUGGACGCAACUGGGAUGCGGCAAUGCUUUCCCGCAGAAUGAUAGUAAAAGUAAUGAUUGCGAGGAACGUCCGUCUCGGGCAUAAGGAAUCUUAUUAAAGGAUAAACCGUUUUCUGGGCGAAUCGUACACAGAAUACAUGCUGAUCAUUUCUUAACGCAGCCUCAAGAUACGCACAAGGAUCGUGGAAAACAGAAUUCAGUCGUGCCUGAUACCUCUCAGGUAAUCCGACACUUUUACGUUACGUAAACCAGAAUUUCUUCUGCAACUGGAACGGUCAGUGUCGAAUUAGUACGUGUGUAAAUUUAUCUACGUUUAUCGAAAUAUACCGUUUCAAAUCAAGGGACGCCAAACGACUUCACGUGACUUUCUUUUACGGUGUGCACCUUGACUUCAGGAGGACAGAAUUUAAUUGACAUGUAUUGUUCCACGAUCGACGUAUUGACGAAACGACAACGCGACAUUUCUUCAAAUAAUUUGUAAUCACGGACUGUAUUCUGAUAGAUUAUUAUGUACGACGGUUACUGUAGGGAUGAAAAAUUGGUAUAAUAUUUAAUAUAUAAACCGAAGUGAAACAACUAACGAGAUACGUACCAACGCAUUGUAGGUGAAGCCAGAAUUUCAAAUUCUACGUAGAGUCCAGAAUUCUACCUGAGAAUGUGUCAGCGAUUGGAUUGCCCCGCAAAUCGCCUUUGCAAGUCAUGCAAUCCCAAUUCUUAGCAACUCAUGGAUCGGCGAGGCUUCGGGUUUUUGGAUAGUGAUACUCAAACAACAGUGGGUAAGACCCGCAAUAUAAUUGUCCGUAUCACGUGACCAUAAAUAUAACGGCAAAAUCACAGCGCACUCCAGUUAUAAUGUCACAAUUUGAUUGCCACAGAUAAUUGUGUUUACCACUUGAAGAAGAACUACCGGGCCUAGACGUUCUGCAUCAUGUACCUCUUCGAACAAGUAAUUACGGACAAUUUAAUGUAGUUUUACACACGAAUGAUUUUAUCUCUCUAUUUACGCUAUGUAAAACGAAUAAUCAACGAUGUCACCGUCUUCGGUAUUUCAAUUUCAGAUCUUUUUCUCUCAAUUUCAAAUCCAGCUGCACGGCAACGUUUCACAAUGGUCAUUCGACAAAACAAACCAUUCGAAUAUGACUACGGUAGCAAAAAUUCGAGGAAAGUUUUACGUGAAUUGAGAACUGACUUUUCAUCUAUAGUCUGUAGUUAUUCAACGUAAGCGAAGAGGUUCAUCUAUUGAUUCGACAUCACGCUUUACAAUUAACCGAUAUUGACUUUAUUUUUAUAUCUGACGAUAGUACUCAUGUUUUCAUGUGACAUGAAAAUACUCGAUUUUGAAUUAUAAAUAUGUAAAACGUGCAUCAUUUUGUCCAUCAUAUUAAAUCCGUUUUGUUACUAUAAUCUUGUUAUUGUUACCAUUGCUGUAACUGUUGAAAUAAUAUAUCAGUUGCAUAAACAACAAUAACUUGUUUGUUAUUUG